AUGUCAUCGACCACUUCCCAAAAAGCUCUGGACCCCACAGGUGGCCAAGACCCCGCGCAGAGCCAGUCCACCCUCGAGUGGAUGACCCCCCUUCAGGACGGGAAGCCCCACCACCUGGCGGCCCGAAGGGGCAUGCGCGGUGGGCACGCGGCGAUGCCCGUGCCCUACCGACAGCUCGCGCCUGACGCACGCGAACCAAGCUUCAGUCUGUGCCUGCGCGGCACGAGGCGGCUCCUGCCGCCGAAGCUAUGGGGGCACACCUAUGCCCGCCACUAG